GGCGGUGGCAUCCUGCUCGCAACAUCACGUGCCAGUUGGAUUUGAAAAGCGGCUGCCGCCGCCGCCGCCGCUUGCCUCCGCGCCGGUUUUUAAUCGGAUCGCAUUUCCGGCGUGGGCGAGGAUACCACCCUUUAUUUUAAAUUCUUCAGCACUUCCGUAAGUGCCCACUACGUCGGCGACUUGCCGAUUUCCCGAUCAGCAUAAAGAGCUGAUGAUUAAAAAAAAUGAAACGAUAAUUAGUAAUUCUUGAUUUUCAAGUUGAAAUAUUCAUUUAUUAUUGUAAAUUUUGUUUGGUUCAAAUUUGUGGAAGUUUUUUACUCCGGCCUUUGUAGCGUAAUAGUGAACUGAAAGAGUGCGGUUGGGAAGGGCUCAUUGGAAAAAGGACUUUCGUUAAAUACAAAAAUUGGAAAGUGUGUGUUUCAAAGAUUUUUUAUCAAGAAAAGGGAUAUAUAUUGUUUUAUGUAAGUCAACGACGUUUUCUUAUUUCCGCUUCGCUUUAGAAUUUAACGGAUCCCUUUAAAAUAAUGAUGAUUGACAAAUCGAUACCAAAUUAAUGGCUCGACAAGCUCAUAUCGAGAAAGACUCUAAAUUUGCGUACUCGCUGAGUUUCGCUUUUAAGUGAAGUUCGCGUGAUUUUGAUUAUGUAAUUUGUAGAAGUUCACGUUUGCUAUUGAAAGUAACAUACGGUAGUUUUUGUCGUGAGAAGCGAAUGGUGCACCACGUGCGCAGCCGGAAACAAUGUGGGCGGCAUUGACGAAAAGACAGUUGUCGGUGUUCUGGAAAAUUGCAAAACAUCAUUUACACUGCGCUUGUCUCAGUUACGCGACUGCCGAUAUAAUAUGAUCGUCAUCUCGAAGCAACAGUUUAAUGCUUUCUCUAUCUCGAAGAGAGUUCGCCCGUUUUAGAGCGGGCAGAGCAAUGGGAUUGCUCAAAGGGUAUCCUCUGACGGGACUAAUUGCUAUACCUGAGCGGGCGAUCACGAAUACCAUGACGAGGAUGAAUCCGAGCGAGGGCUCGGAGAUCCCCGAAGAGCGCAAAUGGGAGAGGUGACGUAUCACCCAGUGAUGCGUAAACGGCGUGGACUGGGCAGCGCCUUCCUGGGCCUCUUCGUGGGCCUGAUCCUGGGUUUUCUGAUCCUCAGCUACCGACUGAUCGUCUCCAAUCAGCAGCGUCAACAGGUCGCCAUCUGGACUUCCGCACCCAGUAUACGAUCGUUGCAAACGUUGCAGGCUCAAAACAUACCGAAGCUGAGGGACGACGAGCGAAUCAACAGCUCCAUGUCGAACUUGGUGUUCGUGGGCGUGAUGACGGCUGAGAAAUAUCUGGACACGCGUGCCAAAGCCGUCUACGAAACAUGGGGCAGGGAAUUACCCGGUAGGAUAGCCUUCUUCUCAUCGGAGUCCUCGACGGUUCCUGAAAACUGUCCGGAUCUGCCGUUGGUACCGUUACCACGGGUAGACGACACCUAUCCGCCGCAAAAGAAAUCUUUCAUGAUGCUGCAAUAUAUGUGGAGCACUUUUGGCGAUCGCUUCGAGUGGUUCCUGAGAGCGGAUGAUGAUGUAUACGUGAGAACGGACCGGCUGGAGACGUUGCUGAGGUCCGUCGAUUCUAGAAGGGCAAUGUACAUCGGACAGGCCGGCAGAGGUAACUCGGAGGAAUUUGGAUUGCUGUCGCUGGAGUACGAUGAGAACUUCUGCAUGGGUGGUCCUGGGGUAGUGCUAUCUAGGGAGACAUUGAGAAGGAUCGUGCCGCACAUCAAGUACUGCCUGCGCCAUUUGUACACCACGCACGAAGACGUCGAGCUGGGCAGAUGCGUGAAAAAGUACGCGGGGAUUCCCUGCACUUGGAGUUACGAGAUGCAGUCGAUUCUCUACCACAACAGCAGCGGGGCCCAGGCGUUCACCGGAAAUCUCAAGAAAAAAGAAGUUCAUCGUGCCAUUACUUUGCAUCCUGUGAAAAGUCCGCCUCACAUGUAUAGGCUACACAAUUAUAUGAGGGGACUGCGGAUACAAGAUCUGCAGCAAGAGAAGAUUCAUUUGCACAGAGACAUUCACGCGAUGGCCGACAAAUUGGGAGUCAACCUUGAAACCUUGAAGAAUUACGAAAUAGCGGAGGGUGUACGUCUUUUUCCGGUCGAUCCUAAUUCCGAAGAUUAUCCCGGUGACACGGACACGCUAGGUAUACCGGCGAGCCUGAGGUCGUUCAAGCCUGCAACGAGCGACGAGGUGAUCCCAUGGGACUUCCUCUCGAAGUUGGAAUACAGCUUGACCGACUCUAAUCCAAGGCGACGUAUUCAUAGCGACGUGAAGGAGGGCCUGGAAGAUAUCACUAGGGAAGUUAUAGCUUCCAUUAAUUCCUACUCGCGGCAGCGCGGUCGCAUUGUCGAGGAACGAUCGGCCCUUUAUGGUUACAGAAGGGUGAACUCUUAUGGGACUGACACGAUAUUAGAUCUUUUAUUAGUCUACCGGAAGUACCGGGGCAGAAAGGUCACUCUUCCCGUCAGACGACACGUUUAUCUCCAUCAGCAUUUUACUGGAUUGGAAAUACGCGAGACAGUAAAUGGCAUCGAGGUUUCUCACCAAGAGUCAGACGACAAGUCUAUUCACAAUUUACUCCGCGGCAGCUUCCUGAAUCUCAACUUCAACUCUCAAAAUGAAGAUCCGGUACAAAGCAAGACUAUCAACUUUAUCCUACCUCUAUCAGGCCGUUACGAGAUCUUCCAGAGGUUCCUUCAGAACUAUGAGGAUAUCUGUCUAGCCAGCGGCGAGAAGACAUCUCUGCUUGUCGUGCUCUAUCAGCACAAGAGCGAGGAUUCCUUUAACAAGACGAUAAAUCUGAUCGAGCACUUCAAGUACAAGUACCGCAACGCCGGCAUAGACAUUCUUCCAGUUUCCGGAAACUUCUCCCGAGCGAGAGCUCUGGACUUAGGCGCAUCAAGGUUUCAGGCUGACGAUCUCCUGCUGUUCAUCGAUGUGGACAUCGUGUUCACGAACUUAGCAUUGAACAGGAUACGCCUGAAUACGCUGCCGGGUCGGAGGUUGUACUUCCCAAUCGUCUUCAGCCAGUACGAUCCCAAGGUCGUGUACGGCGAGACUGGCAGGCAGGACAAGUUCAUCAUAAACGAGAUCUCGGGACACUGGAGGCAGUACGGCUUCGGGAUUGUCUCUCUGUACAAAAGAGACUAUCGCGCAGUGGGCGGUCUGGAUCUCUCGAUCCAAGGCUGGGGCAAGGAGGAUGUAGAGUUCUUCGAAAAGGCGGUCAAGUCGGGUUUCGACGUCUUCAGGGCAGCCGACAGGCACCUAGUGCACGUGUACCACGAGAUAGAGUGCAGUCGGCAGCUCUCCAGCCUUCAGUUCUCCAUGUGCAUGGGAUCCAAGGCUGACACAUACGCCGGGAUCGAGACCUUGGCUAACAUGAUCUACGGUAACCCAGACAUACUGCGUUUUGCCAAAGAGAGAAGGCAGAAGAGGACUAAUUCCGCUGGUUGACGAAGACGGAUCAGUGAACGGGAGUUAGUGGCUGUUAAAAAUAAUCGCAAUUAAAAUAUUAUGGGAAUAAUCGCGCAAUCAGUUUCUUAAGAAAAGUGGAGAAUGUAAUGUUAAAAUAGAUUUUCUCGUUUUAUGCACCUCUUGCUAGUAGCUUCAAACACGUGAUGUAUUAUAAGAUGAAUGAAUGGAUUAUUCGAACUCUUCUGAACUUCGGUGCCAGAAUAUCUUGUUAGUUACGCGAUGUAAAUAUAGGGUACGAUAGAUUGUGAGAGUCAAGUGGAUAAAAGUUAAUAAAUUCUGACUUUUUUCACACCGCGGCGAAAUCUAUGUAUCGGAGCUUUAAUUGAAAAUAUAGUUUCCUCACGGCUUUUUGAAGACUUUUUGAAGUGAAUUGAAAAGUAUAAUGAUCGCUAAAGGUAUUAUGUGUAAUGACUUUCGGAGAUAGAUCUGGAAAUUGUUGAAGAUCACCAAAGUCACACUGCAGGCAUGUUAAUAGAUUCCUCAUGUACAUAUUAAGGAUGGUGUAAAAUUUCGAUUUCCUUUCUAAUUCUAUUCCGUUGUUAGCUUAUGUGAUGAGAAUAAUAAUUCUCUUGUCGAUACUCCUUUCCGGAUAGAACAGUAUCGUUUAUUUUCAUAGUUGUAUGUGCGUUUUCCUUUCAUCUCUUCAUCUUCUACGGUAUAAGGCAAUGAUAUAAAUUAAAAUUGUAUGAAGUCUAACAAAAGUGGAUUAAUAUAAAUGUCAAAUCAG